AGAUGAAGUGUUUCCUAAAUCACAAGUCGGCUUGAUUGUAGGUCUACUAAUAGCAGCAGCAGCUGUUGCAGUUCUUGCAGCUUAUAUUGGUGUCUACAUGUGGAGAAAACAUACAGAGAAGAAGAAGAUUAGAGAAGAACAACACAAAUUGAAAAGGGAAGUGAAGCGUGAUGUCUGCUUUGUGAACAUAAACGUGGUUUACCUCAUCCAGAGUGUUACCAUGGCGAUUCCCAUAGCAUUUUACUUGAUCCGUUCUGAGACGUACUCUAAGAUCCAUGCUGCCAGGACCAGACAGGACCAGAUGAGACUGUUGUACGAGGCUCUAACCUUUGGAGGGGUAAAAAUGAAAUCAGACUUUUACAGGAUUCUACUGGAUCUGGAACCUGACCUUCUCAUCGACCCGGUAGCCAUAUUUGUGGACAUCCAUAAGUAUCAACUCAUUCGGAGGGUUACCAAGGUGAUGCCCAUCCUUCAUGAGCUGUUCUAUGAGUUGUACUGUGACACCAGGAUUAAACAGAUGACCAGCCAGGACCAGAUGAGACAGUUGUACCAGGACCUAGAAGAAGCAGAAGACUCAAGGAGUGUGAAAUCAGACUUUUACAGGAUUCUACUGAAUCAGGACCCUGACGUUGUCAACGACUUGGGUAAGAACCUCUCUACCUCUGGUUACAUAUCACUGGAAUAUAAACCUUAUCUAGUCUAUCACCUGGGUAAGAACCUCUCUACCUCUGGUUACAUAUCACUGGAAUAUAAACCUUAUCUAGUCUAUCACCUGGGUAAGAACCUCUCUCCCUCUGGUUACAUAUCACUGGAAUAUAAACCUUAUCUAGUCUAUCACCUGGGUAAGAACCUCUCUACCUCUGGUUACAUAUCACUGGAAUAUAAACCUUAUCUAGUCUAUCACCUGGGUAAGAACCUCUCUACCUCUGGUUACAUAUCACUGGAAUAUAAACCUUAUCUAGUCUAUCACCUGGGUAAGAACCUCUCUCCCUCUGGUUACAUAUCACUGGAAUAUAAACCUUAUCUAGUCUAUCACCUGGGUAAGAACCUCUCUACCUCUGUGUUACGAAUCCCUUUUGGCCCGACAGUCCUAGGGGAUGGUAAUGAGACCCGUAACAUAACUCAGGCAAAUUAUAAUAGUGACAAUUUAAAAGUGUGAACGAAAUAACCAGGACAACUGAUAUCUACCGUCAAACUCAAGGUUUAUUUGAAAACACACGGUAAG